CAAACCUUAAACUUCCUACUAUCCACUUACCUAGCUUUUCGGGUCGGUAUCAGGACUGGCUUGAAUUUCAUGACACAUUUAGUUCACUCAUACACUCAGAUGAAUCAAUUAACGAAAUUACAAAAUUUCAUUACCUACGCGCAUCUCUAAAAGAUAGUGCAGCUUUGAUUAUUCGAGCGCUAGAUUUUUCAGCUGAUAAUUAUAGUAUUGCUUGGGAUCUACUCUGUGAUCGCUACAACAAUAAGCGACUUCUUGUCAAUAAUCACAUUCAGUCAAUUUUUAAUAUCGAAACAUUAACUAAGGAAUCAUCCAAGGGUAUGCGUAAUAUUAUCGAUAAUGUAAAUAGAAAUCUUAGAGCACUAAAGACACUGAAUUUACCUACUGAACACUGGGAUGCACUUAUCAUCCACAUUUUGUCGAAUAAAUUAGAUUCAGUUACAAGUCGGGAAUGGGAAACGUACCGCAACACAUUUAAAGACUUACCUACGCUUGAAAAUCUUCUUACAUUUCUUAAAAACCGGUCUGAUUUACUAGAAACAAUGGAGGAAGCCAGCGCUAAACGCCGGCACAGCGACGUCACGCAUAAUCGUCAGAAAUCAUUAGUUGUCAAUUCUUUAUCUCCUCCUACUACGAAUAAUAAACCACAAUAUGCUUGUCCGUUAUGCAAGCAGAAUCAUCCAAUAUACCGUUGUCAGAAAUUCAAGUCACUUUCAUUAGAACACAGAAUGCAAAAAGCUAAAGGCUUAAAAUUAUGUUUAAAUUGUUUGCGUCAAGGGCACAAUGCCAACGCAUGUAAAUUCGAAUCUUGCCGUUUUUGUAACAAUAGACUGAACAGCUUAUUACAUAAACACUUACCUUCGGAUGCGACGUCCUCAGCUCCCGAUCAAAAUGUUGUUCUAUGCGCGGCGCCGCCGCUGGCGCAGCCCACGCAGAUGCAACCUGAAACAGAAAAACCUAAAAAUUAUAAUACAGAAGACAAUAUCGUCUUAUCAGCAAUUCAUAAUAAUUGUGUCUUACUGUCCACUGCUUUAAUCCAAGUGCAGGAUAGGCAUGGCCACAAACACACAGUGCGAGCCUUAUUAGACAAUGGUAGCACAUCAAGCUUCAUUACCGAGAAUUUAUUAACUAAACUUGACUUACCGACCGUUUCGACUUCGUCAUUAGUUGAAGGGUUGAAUUCCCAAUCAUCACAAUUAACUAAACGAUGUGAAGUUGUCAUAUCGUCGCUUAUCAACUCAUACACGCAGAAUAUUAAUUGUUUUGUAGUGCCGCGAAUUACUCAAAACUUACCCACUGCGUAUAUUAACUAUAAAUUAUUAAAUAUACCAGAAAACAUUACUUUAGCUGAUCCUACAUUCAAUGUGCCGUCUCAAGUAGACAUGCUGCUUGGAGCGGACAUAUUUUGGAGUGUUUUAUGCUCAAAAAAUAUAUAUUUAGGUAAAAAUAUGCCCACAUUAAGCCAGACCACGCUUGGUUGGUUAAUAUCAGGUCUAGUUCAGAUACCUAAUAAUUUAAAUACAGUCCACUGCAAUCAUAUUACUUUGUCUCAUGAUAAUCAACUUCACGAUCUUGUUUCACAAUUUUUUGAGCAUGAAACUGUACCUACUCAUAAACAAAUAUCAAAAGAAGAAAAAGAAUGUGAAGAACAUUUUUCGAAAAAUACAUCACGGCUGCCUGACGGGCGGUUUGUUGUGACCAUACCUUUGAAAGAAUCUCCCAUCAAACUGGGUGAAUCAUACGAGCGAGCUUUGUCUAGAUUUUUAUCAUUAGAGCGUAGAUUUAGUAAAGACCCGGUAUUCAAGGAACAAUAUUGUAAAUUUAUUAAAGAAUAUAUCACCUUAAAUCACAUGUACGAAAAUAAAAAUCCUGAAAAAGAUAUAUACACUUACCUGUUGCCGCAUCACGGUGUUUGUCGUGAAACCAGUUUAUCUACCAAAUUACGCGUCGUAUUUGAUGCCUCUGCAGUCACGACCUCUGGUCUGUCAUUUAACAAUAUACAAAAUAUCGGUCCAACUGUACAAGAUGACCUCUAUAGUAUUUUAGUUAGAAUGCGCCAACAUAAAUUCAUUGCCACUGCAGACGUGGAAAAAAUGUACCGCAUGAUCUAUGUUCACGAAGAUCAGCAUCAGUUGCAACAAAUAUUAUGGCGGUUUGAGCCUUAUGAACAAAUAAAACAAUAUAAGUUAAAAACAGUAACAUACGGUACGGCAUCCGCGCCUUACCUUGCGACUAGAUGUUUAAAACAACUCGGUUUAGAAUGUCCCGAUAAAGUUAUUUCUGAAAUUAUUCAACGCGAUUUUUAUGUUGAUGACCUCAUAACUGGAGCAUCAUCCGAAAAAGAAUUACUACAAAUCUGUAAGUCCGUUUCUUACAAUAAUAACGUUUCUGUUCACUUAUUGACAGCGAAAAGUCGAGUCGCUCCAUUGAAACAGACAACUGUACCGCGGCUGGAAUUGUGCGGAGCACUUCUCGCUGCAAAAUUAGUAGAUAAAGUAAAAUCAUCGCUUAGAUUACACAUAAAUAAUUGUAUUUAUUGGUGUGAUUCAACUAUUGUGCUUGGUUGGAUAAAAUCUUCAAAAACUCAUUUAUUAAAGCCGUUUGUUUUUAAUAGAAUUCAAGAGAUUCUUGACAGAAGCGAGUCAUCUGCCUGGCGUUACGUACCCACCAGCGUUAACCCCGCCGAUAUAGGCUCACGAGGGCUAGACGCUAAACAAUUAGAAACUUGUGCAUUAUGGUGGACUGGGCCAGCAUUCCUGGCGCAAGAUGACUCAUCAUGGCCAACCCAACCAACAAGCUAUAAGCAAUCUGAAUUACCAGAAUUUAAGGUUCAAUGUAACUUGUCGACUACUCAAUUAGAUCAUAUCACAUAUUAUUCAAAUUUAUUUAAACAAUUCUCUAGUUUCAACCGAUUACAACGUAUUGUGGCUUACGUUCAAAGGUUCAUUCAUAAUUAUUGUAAUAGGAAAAAUAAGCGUAGUGGUCACCUAACAAUCCAUGAACUCAAUUCUGCUCUAAGCGCACUUUGCAGAUUCGCACAGCGUGAACAUUUUUCACAAGAAUAUACGUUAUUGAAAAAUAAUAAAAAUUUACCUAUUAAAAAUUCAUUAUGCAAUUUAAAUCCAUUCUUUAACAAAGCUGACGAACUUAUGCGAGUGGGAGGUAGACUUAAUAACUCUUUUUAUGAUUUUGACACAAAACACCCCAUAUUGCUUUCAUCAAAGCAUCACCUCGCAGAACUCAUAUUCAGACAAUAUCACAUUUGGCUUAUGCACGCUGGUCCACAGUUGCUUUUGGCUACCUUGCGUCACAAAUUUUGGGUUAUUGGGGGCAGAAACUUGGCUCGCAAAACAGUUCAAAGAUGUAUUAAAUGUUGCCGUUUCUCGGGAAGGAUUAUACAACCAAUCAUGGGCAAUCUUCCCGAACAGCGCUUGCAUGCUGAGUUUCCGUUCACCAACACUGCUGUUGACUACGCCGGGCCGGUCAUGAUACUGAACCGUAAGGGAAGAGGAAGUAGAACUAUGAAAUCUUAUCUUUGCAUAUUUGUGUGUUUAGCCGUCAAGGCCGUGCACAUAGAACUUGUGACCGAUCUGAGCAGUGAGUCAUAUUUAGCUGCAUUAAAUAGAUUUAUUGCUCGUAGGGGCAAACCAACAAACAUUUUUUCUGAUAAUGGAACAAAUUUUGUAGGCGCAUGUAACGAAUUAUCUAAAUUCCUUAAACAGAAUUCUGAUACUAUUAAAUCACAAACAUCGAACAUGUCAAUUAACUUUAGAUUUUCACCAGCUUAUAGUCCACAUUUUAACGGAUUAGCUGAGGGUUCGGUUAAAUCAUUUAAACACCACUUGAAGCGAGUAGUAGGUUGUACUAAUUUAACUUAUGAAGAAAUGAAUACGGUUCUUGUACAGAUUGAGGCGAUCUUGAACUCAAGACCCCUCACCCCUAUUUCUUCAGAUCCAUCGGAUCUUACAGCUCUCACACCAUCGCAUUUUUUAAUUGGACGAACAAUAACAUUUCUGCCUACUCCUCAGGUCAAGGAAACUACUGCUGUGCACACUCUUUCCCGAUAUAUGAGAACACAGCAACUGAAAACCCAUUUCUGGAAUAGAUUUCAUAAAGAAUACAUUACAGAACUUCAAAAACGACAGAAAUGGCGCAAAGAUGGAGGACAGCUCAAACUUGGAGAAAUGGUCGUAGUAAAAGAUGAGCGACUGCAUCCCAACCAGUGGCUUCUGGGACGAGUGACUCGCCUCCACCCCGGCUCCGACGGCGUGACCCGCGUGGCUGACGUCCUCACCUCUUCAGGGAUACAACGACGGGCCUUUAACCGACUGUGUCCCCUACCCAUCGAAGAUCAGAACUCCGUUCCUGGGCCGGCAACAUGUUGACGCCUUGUGUGCAAAUUAUUAAUUAUACACACACACACAGGCUCGCGUGGGCUCAUCGGCCGAUCGCCCCUCCCGCCCCGCGCGCCUUAUCCAGCGACCGGCACUCUCAGCUUCGCGGCUCGUGCGAACAGUCGAACACACGCAUUAAUAAUUACAAUUUGUUUGGACUUGUCUUUAUGUAAAUUGCCGAGCACAAAUAUAAACCUUGAACUACCA